UAACAUUGAAAAUAACCACAGCCUGAAUGAGGAGGAGACAGGAAGUAAACUAGAUAGGCAUGUGUCUUUGACAAGUACAACAGAGUUUGCCAGUUAUAGAUGUGACAAAAUGAGAAGGAAAACCAGAACAAAACGUGAUGAUUGAACACAAAUUCUUCAACAUUUCUCUGUUUCUGUUGCUUCUUUUUUCAGGAGAUCUAAGUGGAGAUCUUUCACUCUCCUUCACUGUCAGAGAUGGAGAUAAUGUCACUUUGCCUUGUGAAAACAUGAUCAAAAACCAUCACAGCUGUGACACUACCACCUGGCUCUUCACUGAUUCAAGAGGAAAAGCAGCAGUAGAGCUGGUUAAUCUUGGACAGAUCAAAGAAACAGUCAAAUCAGACAGACUGAGUGUUACAGCAGAAUGUUCACUGGUUAUAAAGAAGGUCACAGCUGAGGAUGUUGGUCGUUACACCUGCAGACAGUUUAGAGGUAAUCCAGGGAAACAGCAAGGUCCAGAUGCUGUGGUUUAUCUGUCUGAUGUCAUCAUGACUGAACAGAAGAGCAGGGAUCAGGUGACUUUAAACUGCUCUGUGCAGGUACAUGGACAUUGUGAACACAAAGUGAAGUGGAUCCAUAACAGUGAAGGUCUGAAUAGAGAUUACUCAAACAUAAAAACAUUACAGUCGCCCUGCUCUGCUGCUGUUACUUUUAUAAAGUCAUCAUACAGUCACAUAUCUAACUCUGACUUUAAGUGUAACGUAACAACAGAAGAUGGCAGAGAGCAGCUUUUUACCUUCAGCCCUCAUUCAUCAGGUGAACAAACAAACAAACAAACAAUUACAACAACAACAGUUAAAUUGGAAAUCACAAUUGGAAAUACAGUAAGAGCAGGUCUGGGGACAAAAGAGUUGGAAAGCAUGGAAGGUUCAAGAAAAUUACAAAGUAAUGCCAACUUGUCCUCUGUAUCAUUUUUCCUCCGCUUUCUGAAUUUCAGAAUGAAAAGUUUGAGGUUUGUGUUGUGUGUUUUGCAAAGAAAAAUAAAUUUAAAAUAUGCUUUUCGUGUUUUCUUUAUCUUCCCAGGCUGGUCCUUGUACAGGCUCAUCAUUGUGGCUCUGGGUUUAGCAGCACUUAAUGCUGCUGUUGUGAUCGUCAACAUCUGGAUAAGAGUUGGGAAAAAAGCACAGAUGGAGGAAAACACGAUGUGCAAAGAUGAGGUUGAUGAUGGAGCAGUGAACUAUGAAAAUGUCCAAUCUUCUGAUGAAGUUUGACCGAGCCUCCUGCUUCUGGCAGAUCUCACAUAUCAGCACAUCAACGUGCUGUAUAUUUCUUUUUACCUUCAUACUCAACCUUUUAAACAGAGACUCGUGCUCUUGCUUCAGUCACAGUUUGGAUAACGAUACUGAAACUGUGAUACUCUCCUACUUUGAAAACCAAAGUGACUUUUAUAAAAAUAACUUCCUGCGUCAGCUGUAAAAAGCUUCUUGUUUUGUUUUUUGAAGUGACCAGUAUUUUUAAUGGUUUUUCAACAUUUAUGUGCUUUGUCUCAGAAUCCUUGAGCUUAGUUUUAUCAUUCUGUGUGAGGAAGAGCUGAUUUAAUCAGAACUACACAUCUUUCUGCUUCCGUAAUUACCCCCUGCUGUUCCCCCCUUUUAGAAAGGCUGUCCUUCUAUUGUACACGCAUAGUCAACACAUCAAAGAGGAGACUUCAAACACACAAAAACUAAACAAAAAAUACAACUUUAUUCGUUUAUUUUGUAAUAAUUUUGACUUGAAUGUAGCUCAUUUUCAUUAGAAAAAAAGAGACUUGAGAGAAACACAUUUUUAUGAAAGUCAGGCAUUUUGAUUUAAUAUUCACAUUUUGUUUUGAUUGCCACACAAUAGCUACACUUGUUCUAAAGGCUCACCAGCUUUUACACAUUUCCCUGAGCGAUGGCUUUCUCACAAAGUUUACACAUGCAACCCGGACAGGUAUUAUGCCUUAAGUGACAAAACAGGAAGAGCAGAGCGGGGAGUAAACAAACCUAAACUGGGAAAACUAAAGAACAAAACUUAAACCAAACACUCACGGGAGGAGGAGCGAAAUGCACAAAGAAAGAUGGCAGAGAGACGCAGAAUGAAUACCAGGUAACAGAAUAAUGCAGACUGACAUGGACCUAAACAGACGACGCGACAGAGAGCACAGGAAAACACAGGGCUUAAAUACACGGGGAGUAAUCAGGGAAUGGGCCACAGGAGGGAGACACAGCUGGGAGCAAUAA